AAAUCCGAGAUGUUCAGAAUCUUAGUCACCAGUUUGGUACCAAGACCCUGGUUGCACGAGGCGGCUAUUCCGAGGUCUACUGUGCAAAAUGGGUCCAAUCUGGGUUUCCGGAUCCUGUGAAUGUCUGCUACAAAGUCCUCAAACCACCUAUCAGUGACAUGCCAUCUAUCAUAGAGGAAGUAAGGAAAACCAUGAAGCACCUGAAGAGAGAGAUGAAGGCAUGGAAGGACUUAGACCAUGGAAAUAUCGUGAAAUUUAUCGGUUUCGCGAUUGAGGUUCGCGGUGCAGUACUUGAAGCGGCGUUGGUGUCCGAAUGGUGUUCAAACGGCAACCUUGUUCAAUACCUGCGUCGUAAACCAUCCUGCGAUCGGUUGCCCCUGCUUCUUGAUGUCGCUCGUGGUCUGACCUACCUUCAUGACCACGACCCUGUUGUAAUCCACGGCGAUCUCAAACCUCUCAACAUAUUAAUCAGCGAGGCGGAGCGCGCCAAGUUGUGUGACUUCGGGCUAUCUUGGAUCGCGGACGGAUUGACGACAGGGUAUACAUCAUCGGGACCUGCGUUUACCUCGCGCUAUUGCGCCCCGGAAGUCUUUGAUAGCGAUAUCAAGACGACAUGCAGUGAUGUUUACUCCUUCGCCUGCACUUGUACCAUGAUCCUUUUUGAUGAAAGCCCCUUCCCUUCGCUUAAAAAGGAGGCUGAACUAUUUGAUGCUUUAAAAUCCGGUCGAUCGCCUUGGGACUGGAAGCAAUCUUCUCCAGUGGAGAAAAUACUAUCUAGUUGCUGUGCAGUCUCUCCUGAUGCGCGACUGACGAUGGGGGAAGUCUUUCGAUCGCUCGUGGAUACCUGUGCUCGGCUAGACUCAUCUUCAAGCUCUGAGAUACCUGACCUCAAAACAGAGCUGCUGCCGCCAGCGGGGUUCACCGACGGCUCGGUGGCUUCGUUCUCCGCACUGAGUGGAGAUCGUGCGGAUCCGAAACUCGCAACGUCAUUCAAGAAGGCGGCCAUUAAAAUUAAAGCUGAUGGGCAAGUGGCUCCUGUUUCCGUUUCUCCUGACUUUCAAAAUGGGAUCUCUGGUGAAAAACAGAAACAGGUUCAGCCGUUGCCGAAGAUGACGCCCGAACUUUUCAACACCGAAGAAGUAGCGUCCGUCGCCAUUUCCCCUGAAGCUCAAGAUGGUGUCCUUGGGCUGGAGCCGUUGCCCGGCCUGUUGCUGGAAGAUGUCUCGGCCAAAUCCCUUAAGAUGGUGCAGGCAGGAGAAACAACUAGACAGCCUGGUACCAUUGGUGUCGAUAUCACUUUCGUUUCCCCUCCUACUCCGGAAUCCCCAAUGGAUCCUGUUCCCGCCGAGGCUGAAUCAUCACUAACUCCAGCUUCCCGAGCGCUAGCUUCCCCUCCUUCGCGAGAGGCACACCCUUCUCAGCCCUCGGAACACGCAAGAAAUAUUCGCUCUGCUUCGGCUAGUAGUAGUGGUGCCGUGCGAGACGGCGCACAUUCUAGUCGGAAACCUUCUCAGCCAAAGCAGGUGAAUGGGCAGGACACUGAGGCUGAGGCUACUUUCGAUACCGAUGUAGAACGUCCCACCGACACCGGCAUCGUUACACCUAUCAAGCCACACAAGAAGCGCGCCUCCAGGAUAAUCACAGUCAGCGAUUUCGAGAUGAUGCGCAUGCUUGGAAUAAGUUCCGCGGGGAAGGUUCUUCUGGUCAAACAUAAGGCAUCUGGUUCCUUGUAUGCCCUGAAAGCUAUCAAAAAACGAGAUGUACUUGCUCAACAAGAGCUUGGACAUACACUAACCGAACAGGCUGUAUUGAAACGAAUGACUGAUGAAAGCCAAAAUGCAUUCGUCGUCAAACUAUGGUGGAGUUUUCACGACAAGGAAAAUCUUUUCCUCGUCAUGGAUUUUCAUCCAGGCGGAGAUUUGGGCAUUCAGCUUGCUCGCUGGGGUCGACUGGGCCGCGAUCGAGCUCGCUUCUAUGCCGCCGAGAUUGUGGAAGGGGUGGAGGGUUUGCACGCCGCCGGUGUCGUGUAUCGCAACUUGAAACCAAAAAAUGUUCUCAUCGGUUUCGAUGGACACCUCGUCCUCACUGACUUCGGUCUGUCGAAGCAAUUCCCUUCGCCAUAUCUCAACCUAUCGGGAUCCUCGACAGCCACGGAUGGAGCCGUCUUGCCCAGAUGGAUGACGCCUGACCAAAGUCCAAACAGCUGGCGAAAUGACGAUUUGUCGAACAAGGAUUUCACUGAUACCUUCUGCGGCACUCCAGAGUAUCUUGCUCCGGAGGUUAUCCAGGGUCUGCAAUACAGUUACGAGGUUGACUGGUGGGCAUUUGGUACCAUGCUCUACGAAAUGCUCAGCGGUGUCACUCCAUUUUGGGCAGACAACCACUCAGACAUGUAUGUUCGUGUCCUUCGGGACGAAUUGCAGUUCCCAAAAGUUAAGGCCUUUGAUCAAGAUACAAAGGCUCUUAUCCGCGGCCUUCUUCAACGGAACCCGACAUUACGUACUCGUGAGCCAAGAAUAAAGACACAUUCCUAUUUCUCCAUGACUGAUUGGUCGCACGUAUAUUACAAACGCUAUAUUCCACCAUAUAUCCCCCCCAUUGACUCAUCCAAUGCCAGUAACACCCAGAAUUUCGAUGAUGCCUUCCUUGACAUGAGCCCCACUCCGGAUGAUGGCUCAGAACCUGUGACCGAUUCCGAGCGAGAGAGUACGGAAGAUGAACCGCUGGAUUCGGAUACUUCAUCCUCUGGGAAAACUCCUUCUGGAUCUCUUUCCGGUCGAGUGAACACCGCUUCACAGCAGGACACAAACGAGGAGGCGGUGGACAUUUUUGAUGGAUACUCUUUCAAAGGCCGACACUCUGUUGUCCUUGACGAUGAGGACGAGUACGAUGAAGCAGACAGCGACAUCGAAGAAACCCCCGCCCUUCCAGAGGUUGAUACUGUGUUAGAAAUUACUCCCGACGACGCUUCCGAUGUCUCUAUCAAGGCUCGGCAUCACCCACCCACUCCGGCUGUUGUUCGGAGAGAGCCUCCAGCUGAGUUGGAGGCGGCUCUUGGCACACCAUUGCUGGCGUCGCCUGCCAAGAGUGUCCAUGCGGAGCUUACGUCACCCGAGGAGCCUGUCUCCCAGGAGACCGUUGAUAAGUCGAAGUCAUCUAUUCAAGAUCUUGUAUACGAUCCUUCGCCUGUACCUUGCAUCAGGUUUGAACCCCCUGCCACGGAUAUUUCGUCUAAACCAUUCCCGGUCUCAAAUUUCGAUGGACUUGGCGACGAAGGAACCGAUGUGCCACCACGAAGCAAGGAUGAUGAUGAUGAUGAUGGGACCUAGUGAAGUCCUGUCAAUGAAGAGACGAAUAGACCUUCUGGUCGUGGUCGUUGGUCAUGGGUCGUCCGAGUCUUUUUACACGAGUAGUUGAUACAUACCGGCUGGCUGUUUUCAAACGGUCCACCCCCACGCAAUCGAGAGUCAACCGGAUUCCUCUUCCGAAUCCCCCCGGAUAACUCGUCGCGUUUUUUUAGCCUACUUCCAAUGACCAUUGUCGUUUUGCACUCUUUGCCUUGCAAUCGAUCUGCAUCUAACAUACGCCAUGCUCAUUUUCCCCUGUAGCUUUAGAUUUAUUUAUGGGGCGAAGCGGAAAGCGUGGCACUGUGCCGCAUUCAGGGAAUUGCCUACGCCACUCACUGCCUUCAUAUGAAAAUAUGGGUUGUGUUGAAAAACGAGCGCGCUUGUUGAUUUGCUCGACUCCAUCAAUCCUUCCGGUGUUUUUCAAGGUCCUGC